CUGGUUAGGCGGCGCAAAACACCGCCUGAUUCGUGAAGUUUAGUCGCGUGGUGUCUAUCCACUUCUUUGUAAUGUGGCGCUAUCCAGCGACAUUUUUCGAAAGCUCGUUCCCGAUUUUGCCCGAUGGUCGCCAACUGUGCAAUGCACGACUCCGACAACGAUGAAGUUGUCCAGGAGUUGGACGUGUACAUCUCCAAGGCACUUGCUGACCGCCUGUACCUGCUCCAGUACCCGCUACGGCCUGCCAACCUGUCGUAUGAUGAGGAGCAUUGCCUCGACGCGCGGGUCAAGCCCAAGCAGCACAAGGUGGAGCUCGAGUUUGCGCUCAACACUCACGACCCAAGCUACGACCACGUGCGCGGGGAGCAGUUUGCGGCCAACGCCAACACUGGGUCCGACCAGGGCAAGGAACCCUUCUUCCAGAGCAACACAAUGGACAAGCAGAUCUUGACGUCCACUCGUGCCGUCACCUCCGCCGAAAACUAUGCCGUCGGACUUCUCAGGCCAGGAGAGCUGCACCUGUCCCCACUGCACUGCAUCGUCCAGAUGAAGCCCAGCUUCUCCUACCUGGACCAAUCGGAUGUGAGGAACAAGGUCGGCGAAACGGCCACUGCGGAGGAAGAGGAAGAUGCAGACGAGCCCCAGGCAGUGCAAGUCCGGUUUGCGGGGGCGGAGACGGAGCGGUCAAAACGUGCCCGCGAGCGGUCGUUCCACUUCCUCCAACAGCAGCAGGACAACGAGCCCUGGACCAAGAUUAACUUCCACCCGUUUGGGUCGGAGAUGUCCAGCGUGGAGCGUGCCAUGUUGCUCUGCCCCCAAAUGGACCGGGACGUCUCGGACCUUCCGGGAACUCCUCAGGACUACUUCCGCCGCCUCGUGAUCGAGGACAUAGUCGCCGAGAGCAAACCGUCGUCUGAAUCCACCAGUACUACCCCCGCGACUGUGAUUAACCACGAGCGGAGAGAGCAGUCAAUGCACGGACUACGGGACCUGCCGCUACAAGACCAGAUCAAAGCCAUCCUGACAAGCGCAAAAGUUGUAGACUUCUCCAAGCUGAUGUCCGUGCUGCCCUCAAGGUCGGAUGCCACAUCCGUUGUCCGGUUCUUGCAGCAGGUGGCGCUCUUGGUACAGGGGUGCUGGGUGGUCAAGAGUGAUGUGCUGUACCCCAAAGACAGCUUCAGUGCUGUCACGGGCGUACCUGCCGAAACCAUGUGCAGAGCCAGGGAUUAUCUGAUGUGGUUGUACACCCAGUCACGGCACGUGGUACAGAGCAAGUUUGCCGACACCGUUAGGUUACCGAGCGAAGACGUCAAGACGUUGCUGAGCGAGAUGGGGCGCCUGACGCCGAGCGGCUGGGAGUUUCUGCUUUCGCCAGACAAGGAGUUUGUUACGAGGUUCCCAGACGUGGUGCAGCGCCAACAGAUGCUUUGGGACGCCAAGCAGCAGUUCCUCUCCAAGUCUUUCAAGCUGUCCCGACAGGAGACACAGGGUUCGCAGGAUGCGGCGAUGCAGUCCCCACCCCCCGGGGGACGGGCACGGCAGCCCCGUCGCCGGCAGCGCUCGCGGCACGACUCGACGGCGAGCGAGGGCAGUGGCUCGGAGACUCCGACCUCGCAUCCCAAGAGCGGCGCCAACGACAAGGCAGAUUUUGACCUGAGUCGGGUCAAGCGGGAGCCCCAAUCACCCUCAUCAAAGAGCAAGGCAGCCAAGGCAGACAAGGGACUCACUUCCCCGGUCAAGCCGUCGAGCAAUUCCACCCACUGACGACGGCCCUCACAUAUCCCAAGAAGGCCGAGGUUCAGCAUUCAUCUUCAGUUCUAAUGAAGUGGAAGCUGUUGCAGGAAUCGGUCCACAGUCGGCAGCAGAAGGGGAAAUCAAAAUAUAUUUCCGUUACAUCCCAACCUCUCUUUUUUAUUUUUUGUGGAGAUUUGAUAAAGGCAUUGAUGUUUAA